UGUAGGUCCUCCAACUCACAAUGCGAAUACAAAAGCUCCCUAUCCUUCAAUUUCCACGCGUUCACAAACUAGGUUCUCAAUCCGUACGAACCAUAACAGACUAUCAACAUCCACCAACCACCCACCCCAACAACGAUCUCUUCAACUACACAUCCGGAAGAUGGAUCUACAACGAACAACCCCGCCUCCUAGAACGCACCCUCCCCUUCAACAUCCCCGCUCUUAAAAAUGUCAUCGCCGCAGCAUCCAACCGCCCUUCCACCUCCAUAACAAGCCUAUCCAAACUCUCCGAAGGCGGCUUCAACCGAAUCAUCCAAGCGACUUUCAAAGAUGGCCGUUCCGUCCUCGCGAGACUCCCAUACCCAUCCACCCAACCAGAACACUACACUGUGUCCAGCGAAGUAGCCACGCUAGCCUAUCUCCGCCAACACGGGUUCCCCACGCCAGAAGUAUACGCGUGGUGUGCUAAUAAAGAGAACCCCGUUGGAGCGGAGUAUAUCAUUAUGGAGAAGAUGGAGGGUAUCCCUCUUGGGGAGGUUUGGUAUUCGAUGACGCCGAAGGAGAUGCAUAAGGUUAUGCGGCAGGUUGUGGAGUUGGAGACACGACUCAUGGCGCUAGACUUUCCCGCGUGCGGGAGUAUUUACUUUCGUAGUGAACUACCAGCAGAGGAGAUGUUUCCCUUGUCAGGGGAGUUUUGUAUAGGGCCAAUGGCACAUUAUAGUUGGUGGCGUGGGGAGAGGGGCGAUUUGGAUAUUGAUAGGGGGCCUUGGCCAUCACCAACCGACAUAUUCCGCGCAGUCGGCGAGCGAGAAUUAACAUGGACAAAACUCCACGCAAAAGCCCGCCAACCUUUUGAACGACUCUACAGAGAAAUCCACCAGUUUUCCAAAAUCUCCCCCGACAGCCACAUCAAAAACCUCACCGACUAUCUCAAGUUGGCACCCCAUCUCGGCUUCCAACCCGGAACACCCCUAAACAGACCCGUCCUACGCCAUCCCGAUCUCCAACCAAACAACAUCCUCAUCUCCGACACACACGAGAUUAUCGGGCUGAUAGACUGGCAACACAGCAGCAUCCUCCCCCUCGGCCUCGCAGCUAGCAUGCCAAAGCAUUUCCAAAACUACGGUGACCCGGAGUCUGAUUGUCUCAGAAAGCCUCAGACUGAUUUUCCGUCUGGCUAUGACUCUCUAUCCCAGUCAGAGCAGGUAGUAGUUCGAGAGACUCUCCAUAAAAGACUAAUCCACUUCCUGUACGCGGCUUUCACAAAUCGCUUCAAUAACGAGCAUUACGAUGCGAUCUUUGACUCCGCUGCUAUCCUCCGCCAACGACUGCUUGAAAGCGCGGGUGCACCCUGGGAAGGAGACUCUGUUUCUCUUCGAGCGGAGUUGAUCAAUACUAUCCACGCCUGGCGAGAAUUGACUCCAUUAUCAUACUCCGAAAAAGAUAUCCAAGACACACUGUCCCUCCACGCCCAACACCAAGAAGCAGACGCCGCAAUGGACCACAUGCGCCAGAUCCUAAACAUCGACAUCCAAGGAUGGGUCCCGAACGAGGAGUACCCCGCCGCGAGGGAUAAGGCAAGUGAAAUAAAGGCUAGAAUGCUCGAAGCCGCUGAGACUCCUGAAGAGGUUACUGAGAUUGGGGAACAGUUUCCGUUUGAUGAUUUCGAUGAGGGGGGGUUGAUUUUUACCUCUUUCCUCAGGGCCUCUCGUCAAAAUCUUAAAGCUUGA